UGGGCAGGUGGACUUCAUCAUGGCGGACGGUGGACUUCUCAGCCCGGUACCGGCGAGGCUCCGGGCCAUGCUUUAUUUGCUCACGCCGAACGAGUCGUCGUCCUUCGAGAUGCUGCACGAUGUCCCCGAGUGCGUCCAUCAGGCCAACCCUUUCUUCCUGGGCCUGGUGAUUCUGGAGAUGAUGCUGGGCUCGCUGAUCUCGGGAGCGAAACUUUACAACGUUGCUGAUGGCAUCAUCUCCGUAUCUUUAGGGAUGAUGUCACGACUCCCGCUGCUGCUGGUGCGCGGUCUGGAGCUGUCGGCCUACGUGUACGUGUGGGAGCACUUCCGCCUUGUGGAGCUGCCUUGGGACUCGGCCUGGACCUGGUGGUUCAGCUUUCUGGCCGUCGACUUUUGCUACUACUGGUUCCACCGCUCCACCCACGAGGUAGCCAUCCUUUGGGCAGCCCACCAGGUGCACCACAGUUCAGAGUACUACAACUUCAGCACGGCUCUACGGCAGCCGCUCACCCAGCAGCUGACUUCGUGGAUUUUCUACGUGCCCAUGGCCUUGGCCGUGCCACCGUCCGCCUUUGCUGUCCACAUCCAACUCAUUCUGCUCUUCCAGUUCUGGUUGCACACAGAGGUAAUCCGAGACAUGGGGCCACUGGAGUGGAUCUUCAACACUCCCAAGCAUCACAGAGUUCACCAUGGAAGAAACCUAUACUGCAUUGACAAAAACUUUGGGGGAAUUCUGAUCAUCUGGGACCGAUUGUUUGGUACCUUCUCACCAGAGAAGGACAAGGUGGUUUAUGGCUUAGUCUACCCCAGCAACUCAUUUGAAAUCAUCACAAAUCAGUUCCACUACUAUUUGUCCUUGUGGAGAAGGUCAACCACCUACUCAAGUCUCGCUGACAAAGUGUCAACUUUUGUCAAAGGUCCCAGUUGGACGCCUGGAAACCCUUGGCUGGGCAACUACAAUCACGUUCCAAAGCUGACCGGUGAGGAGAAGCCUCACGAUCCCAGCUGCUCGCUGCCGGUACAAGUUUACGUGGUGACACAUUUCCUGCUGGUGCUGCACACGUACCACGAGCUCUUCGAAAACCAGGCGACACUGACCCAGUUGACCGUCCUGGGGAUGACCGGCUAUGUCCUGCUCACUCUUACCUCCCUGGGCUUCAUCAUUGACUGCAGGCCAUUGGCGUCCAUUUUGGAGAUGCUACGCUGCAUGUGCAUGUUGAUGUUGCUGCAUUACAGCCACCUGACGCCUCCCAACUCAGCUCUGACUGUGCCCACUCAGGCCUUGGUGUUCCUCAGUGUGCUUUACUGGGCUCUGCAGAGUUUCUCACAACUGCCCUCCCUCAAGAUGAAGUCUGACUGAGACUCGGGAACUGCGGACCGUGGCUCCUCACGCUCACUCCAUACACUGAAGGUUACUCCAUACACUGAUGGAUUUUUUUUUUUUUAAUCUUUUGCUUUUUAGCCUCUUAAACAAGUAGUUAAGUAAGUAGAGGGACCCCUGUAUAUGACAAUUUGUGGUGGAGUAAAAUGUUGCACAGAAGAUGGCACUGUUUCCUUCCCUGUCAGCAUCUGCUUCAUCUGCAUAAGAUCCAAGUAUUAUAAUAUAGUAUAUCCAACAAAUAAAGCGAUACAAUACUUUAAUUACCGUUGCUAUUUUUUGACUAAACUUUAUAGAUUACACCACCUUAUUUAUUAUGUACAGGGUUUAGUAUGGGUUGUAACACUCU